AUGGGACGGCCAUCGACCAACGCCUCGAGCACCAGCAGGAAUUCCACAUCCCUCAAAUCGCCCCUCACCGCUACUUCGUCGUCCAACCGAACCUACCCCCACAGCAGCAUCGUCGACGACGGCGACCUGCCUCUGUCCAAUGACAUCUGGUCGCGCUCCGACUCGGACGACUCCAACGACGAUGCAGAGGCCGUUCCUGCAGCCUCGGAACGAUCGAAUCCCAGAGGAAGUGGGUCCCGAACAACAGGAUUCUUUCGCUCUCUCAUGCACAGGAUCAGCAAGUCCUACAAGCGCUAUGGCUUCAUACCGAACAAUCAGCAAGAACAAGACAGAAACGUGCUUCAGCAUGAGAUAAUAAAAGAACUCUUCGACGGAAGAUUCCAUCUGGCCCCGGCCAGGCGGCCAAAAACCGUCUUGGACAUCGGUACCGGGCCCGGUCUAUGGGCGUUGCAAAACCCACGAAGCUCAGUGUUAGGAAUUGAUCUCGAGCCAGUCAAGCCGCCGUACCUGGUAUCGAAUUGCCAUUUUCAGAUCAGAGACGCCACCGAGGACUGGGAUCUGAACACGACUUUCGACCUCGUCCAUGCUCGCAUGCUGGGCGACCUGCCAGAAAAAGAACGCCUUGUGCAAGCUGUUUGGGACAACCUCAACCCGGGGGGAUGGGCUGAAUUCACCGAGUGGAUCGUCUUGCUGCAGUCACCCAACCACUCUUUUGAAAACACGUCUUUCCACAAAUGGAACAAGCUCAUGUCCCGAGGAAAGUUCAUGCCCCAGGCCAUCAUAAGCUUUGCUAAUUCUGACUUUACAGGCCUCAAAGAUCUUGGAAGUUCCUUAUACUAUCCGACCCAGUACAAGCCGCUCCUUGAGAAAGUCGGCUUCGAGAACAUCACGGUGACCAAGUAUGGCGCUCCCACCAAUGCUUGCUACCCAGGGAAGAAAUUACAGAAGAUCGGCACGAUGAUGGCCAAGAAUUGGAAUGCCAUCAUCGAGCCACUCACGCUUUCAGUCUUCAUAGACGGCCUGGGCUGGUCAGCAGAUGACGUGAAGAAGUUCGUGCUGAAUGUCAAGAGGGAGAUCCCAGACACGAGAUACCACUCCUUCAUGACGCUGAUGACUGUCUACUGUCGGAAGCCGCGCGUCGGCUCAGCUUCUACAUCGGUGUCCUCGUUCCAGAGCACGCCUGUUCCAGAGCAUGCGACGCGGCGAUCGAACGACCAAUUGACACACAUAGCCGAGGGCCAGGAACCACCUUCGGCCUGA